ACCUGGCUGCGCGCUCCUCCCGGCAGAGCCGAGCUCGCUGCCGAGCCCCGUCGCCCGCCUCCUGUCCCGUCCCGUGGGGGAGCCCCGGCCCCCCGCCCGCCGUCCCGGAGCCGCUGCGCGCCCCAGCUGCCCCAGCGCCCCCUUUCACUCUGCCCCGCGCCCCCGCCCUCAUGGCCCCGCAGCUGUACCACAAAGAGUUCGCCCGGGCCGGGCUCCAGCCGGGCCUGCAGGUGUGGCGCAUCGAGAAGAUGGAGCUGGUGCCCGUGCCCCCCGAGCAGUACGGCAGCUUCUACGUGGGGGACGCCUACCUGGUGCUCCGCACUCGCCAGGGGAGCCGCAAGGACCUCUCCUACCGCCUGCACUUCUGGCUCGGGAAGGAAUGCACUCAAGAUGAGAGCGGAGCGGCCGCCAUCUAUACGAUGCAGAUGGACGACUACCUGGGUGGGAAGCCUGUGCAGAGCCGAGAACUGCAGGAUUAUGAGACCACCGACUUUGUUGGCUAUUUCAAAGGUGGCCUGAAAUACAAGGCCGGCGGCGUGGCGUCCGGAUUCAAUCACGCCAUUACAAACGACCUGUCUGCCAAGAGGCUGUUUCACAUCAAGGGCCGCCGGAUGGUCCGAGCCACGGAGGUCCCCUUCAGCUGGGCCAGCUUCAACAAGGGAGAUUGCUUUGUCAUUGACCUUGGAACGGAGAUUUACCAGUGGUGCGGCUCCUUCUGCAACAAGUUUGAGCGCCUGAAGGCCAACCAAGUGGCCGUGGACAUCCGGGACACCGAGAGGCAGGGACGGGCCCAGCUGAGUUUCGUGGAAGACGGGUUCGAGCCCCCGGAGAUCCUGGCGGUAGGUGUGAGACGCGGCUCCCAGGGCAGGGGGGGAGGGAGGGAAGAGCGCCGGGGUCCAGCCAGGGAGAUCAAGGCCACCCCAGGCUGGCCGGCUGAGGCCGAGGCGGGGAGCUGGGUGUUCCGGGCCAUUUCUGGCCUUCUUCCUGAACACCAGGGCCAGGCGGUCCUUGCUCUGACGUGCAUCCGGAGGCCGGCAGCGGGGCUGGGGCCCGAAGGCCUGGCGGGGUGGGCCCGCUGCCCCUGGUACCAGGCAGUGGUGAUGUGCCGCUCACCCCCGCCCCAGCCUCUGCCCUGGCCUCAGGGCCCCCGAGACAUGGGGCACCGCAUCCCUGGCAUCAGGACCCCCGGACCAUGGCGGAAAUGCCUUGAAAUUGUGCCCUUUGGCAAACCCUCCCAGGGGAGUCAGCUGGAGGCCACUGCUGUGGAAAGGGUCUCGGACGCCUCGGGGGCCAUGCAAGUGUCCGUCGUCUCAGAGGAAAACCCCUUCUCCAAGUCCAUGCUGCUCUCGGAGGAGUGCUUCAUCCUGGACCACGGGGCGGCCCGGCAGAUCUUUGUGUGGAAAGGCAAAGACGCCAACCCCAAGGAGAGGAAGGCAGCCAUGAAGACGGCCGAGGACUUCCUGAAGCAGAUGAAUUAUCCCCUCAACACCCAAAUCCAGGUUCUCCCCGAGGGAGGCGAGACGCCGAUGUUCAAGCAAUUCUUCAACGACUGGAGAGGGCCGGAGGAGUUUGGCAAGGUCUGCACGGACAGGGUGGCCAGGGUCCAGCAGGUCCCCUUCGAUGCCCAGAAGUUACACGAGUGUCCCAAGAUGGCAGCCCAGCACCACAUGGUGGACGACGGCUCUGGGACCGUGGAGAUCUGGCGAGUGGAGAGCACGGGCCAGGUGCCAGUGGACCCAAAGACUUACGGAGAGUUUUAUGGGGGGGACUGCUACAUCUUACUGUACACCUACGCCAAAGGACAAAUCAUCUACACCUGGCAGGGCGCCCACUCGACCAGGGACGAGCUGACCGCCUCGGCGUUCCUGACCGUUCAGCUGGACCGCUCGUUGGGAGGGAGGCCGGUGCAGGUCCGUGUCUCCCAAGGUAAGGAGCCGGCGCACUUGCUGAGCCUAUUUAAAGACAAGCCCCUCAUUGUUUACAAGAACGGGACGUCCAGGAAAGGGGGCCAGGCCCCCCCGGCCGCCACGCGCCUCUUCCAAAUCCGUCGGAACCUGGGCUCCAUCACCAGGAUCGUGGAGGUAAAAGCCCCUCACCUGGGGAAGGGCUCGGCAGGCCGCGUCUUCGUGCUGAAGCUGCCGCGGAAGGGCGGCUACACCUGGGUGGGGAGGGGAGCCAGCGAGGAGGAGGAGAAGGGGGCCCGCUACCUGAGCGGCGUGCUCCAGUGCCAGACCGCCAGGGUCCCGGAGGGCCAGGAGCCAGAGGAAUUCUGGGCCGCUCUGGGUGGGAAGAAAGCGUACCAGACUUCGCCCCUGCUGGAAGCCCAGGUGGAAGACCACCCGCCCCGGCUCUUCGGCUGCUCCAACAAGACCGGCCGCUUUCUCAUCGAGGAGGUGCCGGGAGAAUUCACCCAGGAGGACUUAGCGGAAGAUGACGUCAUGCUGCUGGACACCUGGAAGCAGAUAUUUCUUUGGAUCGGCAAAGAUGCGAAUGAGGUGGAACGAGCAGAAUCCAUGAAGUCUGCCAAAGCCUACCUGGAGACAGAUCCUUCUGGGAGAGACCAGGGGACCCUGAUCGUCGUCGUCAAGCAGGGGUACGAGCCGCCCACGUUCACAGGCUGGUUCCUGGGAUGGGACGCGAGCAGGUGGCAGGAGAACUCCCAGUCAGUGUAAAUGUCCCCGCCGCCGGCACAAGUCACCUGGAUUUGCUGCGUUCUCUUCCUCCGCUGAUGGCAUUGAUGGCCCUGAGACUGCCAGCCUGGGGUUAGGGCCUUUCAGGGGCACAAGAUGAUGCUCCCCAGUGCCACGGGAUCAUUCGGGGACUUUGGGGGCGGUGGGGGUCAAAGCUUCUCCUUGUGCGGGGGGGCUAAGGGAGGCCAGGGGCUCAUGUUCUGAGACCGGUCCAGGAGUCUCUCUUGUCACUUCACUGCCUCCAAAUCCUUCCCUGGCAGGCCCCUAGGAAAGGAGCCUAUUCUUUGUGCCCAAGGGGCUUCAUCGGGUGGGAACUAGCCCUGCGGGGGCUGCUUUCCCAGGUGACUUUUCCUUCCCCAUAGAGAAAAAUUCUGCCAUAGAAGUGCUUAAUCAGGCUUGGCUGAAUGGAAUGCUGCUUGGGAGAAUACAGCUCGGGAAAGGCCGAGUUCAUUAAGAAAGCUUAGGUUCUUUUUCUUCUUUCUGGAAAAUUAAUGUCUGUGUAAUUAUGCCAAACAUUUUCUAACAAGAAUAUCUUUUUCUAAUUUUUCUAAUUAUUAGUCUAAUUUUCCUGGGCUUUAAAAACAAACUUUUUAGUGAAAAACCAAAAAACAAAAAAAGAUUUUGCUUUUCGAACUUGGAAAUAUAUUUAGUAACACAGGCUAAAAUCUUGAAUAAGACUUUAAAUAUUAAAAGAAACAAUUGCUAUGAAUGCCUUAUAUAGUGACAAUCAGCUCCAGUUGUCCUCAGCUCAUUGUGCUAUUAAAUGUGUUUAAAUAUUUAAACACAUGAAUAAACAUGAAUAUUAAAUCAU